UCGGUGGCAGUAGUGCGCAUUUUUUUCCCAGUGCAACAUUUUAAAUCACCCACGAAGAAGCUUUUAGGAGGAAGUAGACGUCAUUCUUAGUGAUCACAAGUCGGCAGAAAAACAAAGAUGUCGUGGAUACGAGAAGGAGAAUUAAAUCUCCUUGAGAGGAUAUCGGCCAACAUUUUGAAGGCCGGGCCCAUACCCAAACACAUAGCCAUCAUCAUGGAUGGGAACAGGCGGUACGCUCGCAAGAGACAUGUAGAACGGCAAGAGGGGCACAGCCAGGGCUUCGAGAAGCUGGCAGAGACCCUGCGCUGGUGUUUGCAGCUGGACAUCCAUGAGGUGACGGUGUACGCCUUCAGCAUUGAGAACUUCAAGCGCUCCAAAGAGGAAGUGGACGGCCUCAUGGAGCUGGCCAAACAGAAGUUUGAACGCCUGCUGGAAGAACAGGAGAAGCUGGAGAAGCAUGGUGUGUGUAUCCGGGUGCUGGGGGACCUGUCCCUACUGCCCCUCAACCUUCAAGAGGUCAUCGCCAAGGCAGUAGUGGCCACCAAGACGCACAACAAAUGUUUCCUCAAUGUGUGCUUUGCGUAUACAUCUCGACAUGAGAUUGCCGGUGCGGUGAGAGAGAUGGCCUGGGGUGUGGAGCAGGGGCUUAUUAAACCAAGUGACGUGUCUGAGGCCCUGCUGAGUCAGUGUCUGUACAGUAGCCACUCGCCCAACCCCGACCUUCUCAUCCGCACAUCUGGAGAGGUGCGCCUCAGCGACUUCCUCCUCUGGCAGACGUCCUACUCGUGCCUGGUGUUCCAGCCGGUGCUGUGGCCUGAAUACUCCUUCUGGAACCUGUGUGAAGCCAUCCUGCAAUACCAGCUCAACCACCGCUCCAUACAGAAAGCGCGGGAGCAUCACAGUGAGAGCCAGGCCAUACUCCAGCUGGAGGCGGAUCGCUCCUGCGUGGCUGAGAUGCUGCAGCAUCAGCACCAGCGCCAUGGCAACGGGAUGCCAAUGGACGCGGCGAGCAGGCAGGAGGCCGUGUGUCGCUACACGGCGAGCCGCGAGGAGAGGGUGCGGCACUUCCUCUCCGCCCUGCAGCACAAGAGGGACUCAUUCUUCUCCGACCUGUGCAGCCCAGCGGUGGUGGCCUAACCGUGUGUGUGCGUGUGCGUGUGUGUGUGUGUGUGUGUGUGUGUGUGUGUGUGUGUGUGUGUGUGUGUGUGUGUGUGUGGCUAGCUACACACAUACUCACUCAAGGAGCAAGAACUAAUAUGUCCGUUUUAAUGUUCAUUGCUAUUUUUAUGUACUAAUGAGUCUUACCAGUGUGAAUAAAAGUGUGGCUAUGCCCCCGUUUUAAGGGGGUGUGAAACCUAUUUAAUGUAAACAUGGACUCAUCAGGCUGGUGUGCCUUUCCCGAAACCAUAGUAGUGAACUGUGUUACCGGUAGUUAACGAGUUGGUUGCAAUACUAUCGCACAUUGGCAACUAACUAACUUGCUAACUGCCUAGCAACUAUGGUGCGAGUGGAAAGGAGCGCUGUUGUGCUAAUUGUUGCUUGUCUGUAGAACUGGGUGAAUUGGAGAGUCUGUAAAGAGGCUUUUAACUUAUAAGGUAUGCUGAAGUGAAUCACUAACGCUUCAUGGAAAAGUCUGGUUUUAUAUUGAACAUGAGUUGCCACUGCAACACCUGAAAUGGUAAUGCUCUGGAUGUGUAUGGUGUAGACUGGGUGCCAGGUGGACUGCACGCUGUACGCUAAAAAUGGAAACGAUGCAAGAUUGAUCGAUCAAAUGGUGUAAAUAAACACGAUCUCUGGAAAGA